AAAAAAGCCCUGACAGUCGCCAUGAUACAGCAGCGGAAACGGGGGAGAAGUGGCUAGAAAACAAAAGAGAACACGCAGUCGUCCUCGAUAUUUGGUAUGCUCUUGAAGUGUUAUAGGAAUGCCCAAGGAAAAAUAUGACCCGCCUGAUCCAAGGCGGAUGUACACCAUUAUGUCCAGCGAGGAGGCAGCCAAUGGGAAGAAGUCGUACUGGGCUGAGCUGGAAAUUAGUGGUCGAGUGAGGAGUCUCAGCACAGCUCUGUGGUCUCUUACCCAUCUCACUGCCCUGCACCUCAGUGACAACUCCUUGUCACGCAUCCCGCCAGACAUUGCCAAAUUACACAACCUGGUGUACCUGGAUCUCUCAUCCAAUAAGAUCAGGAGCCUGCCGGCAGAGCUCGGCAACAUGGUGUCUCUCAGGGAACUGCUUUUAAACAACAACCAGUUGCGGGUUUUACCGUUUGAAUUGGGAAAACUCUUUCAGUUACAAACACUGGGGUUGAAAGGAAACCCACUUGCACAAGAAAUUAUGAGCCUCUACCAGGAGCCUGACGGCACACGGAGACUGCUCAACUACUUGUUAGACAAUCUGGCAGGAGCGAUAAAACGCAUACCAACAGAGCAGCCCCCAGCUCGGUCGUGGAUUUCACUGCAGGAGCCUGACCGGACGCGAGCAUCAGCGUUGUUUUCAGUGAUGUGCUACAAUGUGCUGUGUGACAAGUACGCCACUCGUCAGCUGUACGGCUACUGUCCAUCCUGGGCUCUAAACUGGGAAUACAGAAAGAAGUCCAUCAUGCAGGAGAUCCUCAGCUGCAAUUCAGACAUCAUCAGUUUGCAGGAAGUAGAGACUGAGCAGUACUACAGCUUCUUUUUGCCGGAGCUGAAGGAGCAGGGCUACGAUGGCUUCUUCAGUCCAAAGUCUCGAGCCAGGACCAUGUCUGAGUCGGACCGGAAACAUGUGGAUGGCUGCGCCAUUUUCUACAAGACGGAAAAGUUCAGUGCAGUGCAGAAGCAUACAGUGGAGUUUAACCAGCUGGCCAUGGCAAACUCUGAGGGCUCCGAAGCCAUGCUCAACAGAGUCAUGACAAAAGACAACAUUGGAGUGGCUGUUCUCCUCGAAGUGCGCAAAGAGAUGAUGGAGGUGUCCUCCGGAAAAUCCCUCCAUGGCAUGGAGAAGCAGCUCCUCCUGGUGGCCAAUGCUCACAUGCACUGGGACCCCGAGUACUCAGACGUCAAAUUGGUCCAGACCAUGAUGUUCCUGUCUGAGGUGAAGAACAUCGUGGACAAGGCCACACGUAGCCUCAAGCUAUCGUCCGUCUCUGGAGAAACCAAUGCCAUUCCACUGGUGCUGUGCGCUGACCUCAACUCCCUCCCAGACUCUGGUGUGGUAGAGUACCUGAGCUCUGGAGGAGUGGACUGCACUCACAAGGACUUCAAGGAGCUGCGUUACAGCGACAGUUUGACCAAAUUUAACUGCAACGGCAAGAACAGCACGUCCAAUGGCCGGAUCACCCACGGCUUCAAGCUGAAGAGCGCCUACGAGAACGGCCUGAUGCCUUACACCAACUACACCUUUGACUUUAAGGGUGUCAUCGACUACAUUUUCUACUCCAAGCCUCACCUGAACGUGCUGGGGAUCCUGGGCCCCCUGGACCCCCACUGGCUGGUUGAGAACAAUGUGACCGGGUGCCCGCACCCCCACAUCCCCUCUGACCACUUCUCCCUUUUUGCCCAGCUGGAGCUGCUCCUGCCCAACGCGCCCCCACAGGUCAAUGGGCUGCACCUGCCUACGCGCAGGUAGUGGGUCCCUGCCACACCACCAGAGGGAGCCGCCACCACAGCCGCUCUGUUUUUAAUCUUCUCCCUCCCACUACCAGCUCUCCCCCACUGCACUGGAGGGACGACAAAACACAACCUGUAAAAUAAACGUUCAGUGAGGUCUGGCCGACAGGGAUUUCGUAUAAUGUUAUAGAUAUUCUAUAUUUUUCUUUAUCCUUUCUCCUGUUUUUAUUUUUAACUGCUCAAUUCAGUCAGUGUUUGUAUCAGAUUUUGUGUUGCAAAUCCCCUUUUUUAUCAAAUCCGCCACAUUCUUUGUCACUAUCUUUUUAACUUAAGCGGACGGUAGCUCAUGUUGUUUGUCCCACACAAAGGCUCUUUAGUGCAAGAGAAACCAAGGCUUUAUUAGCACUGAAAAGUGAGCUACUCUCAAACCAGCAAAGACUGCACACACCAGUUUCAGACCUCUUUGAUCAGCGCUGGAGGCUAAGAUGGCCGCCGAGCUGUGGGUCUCUGAUGUGAGCGCUUUAGAGCAGCUUCGACCGGUCGCUGGAGGCCACGUUUCCUGCUGUCAUUCUGUGGUGCUUCGGUCUCCUUUGGUGCUACAAGAAUUUACAACUGUCCAAUGUCCCUUGUAGUGUUGAGCUUUAGGAGGAGGUGAGACAAAUAGUGCAGCUACCGUCCUGUUUGUCGACUGUUUAGCCCCGACUCGUAGUGAACACAAGGUUAGUCUAGUGUUAGGAGCUUACAUGGCCUAUAUCACCUUUAGGCAGGGCACCUAGGCUGAAGGGAGAGGGAUUGGAGGGGCGCUUUUCCCACUAAUCUUUUUAUUUGAAUGGUUUUAUGAGGGAGUCUAAUGGCUGAGACACAGGAGUAAAACCAGCAUUCCUCACAUGUAAACAUACACACGCGCUAACAUACACAUGAACAUACGCACGUGCUAACACACAGCUAAUUCGUAGACAGAUUUGUAGCACUGUCUCAAAGGCCAGUAGUGACUUUCCCCAGCCAUAAACCCCACACACAAAAGCAGUGGUUUUUCACAAGUGUUUGUACAGAAUAGAAAUCUCAACUCAGUCUUUACAUGAUUGUAUAUGAACCACAAAGACCUGUUUUUUGGCGUUUUUUGUACUAAGAGUAAAUUAUGAUCCGAUUUGAAAAAAAGAUUGUAUUGUAAACUAUGGCUAAAUUUUUAUCCAGUUAAUGUUAAGAUGAAUUGAUAUUACCAGCUUGUACAAAAGACGUAAGAAGAGGUUGUUCGAGGCAUUCGCUGUCACUACUUUGCACUCCCAGAGUUUAACUGUAAGUAAUGUAUUUGAUUUGGUCCUUCUCUGCUCAUUUGAUUUUGGCACAUCGCUGUGAUUGUAAAUAGACACUGAGUGAAGUUGGCCUGUUGCUUGUCGCCCAUUAACAAAGUCAUUGAUCCGCGCUGCUGACAUCACAUUUGAACACACCCGACUAAAGGCAGCCCACAUCUGUUCUCAAAUCCCACUUGUACAAACCAACAUGGUGCCUCACUGUAGCAGUUGUUGUUGUCUUGCACUAUUUACACUCGAUGAACGCCUGAACAACCUUUUCUCCUUUUAUUUUUAAAUACUGUUGACACAUUUGAAGAUUUUAUGUCCUUUGUUUUUGUUAAGUUUCUUUUUUAUGAGCUAUGACAAUGUCAUGAUGGUGUGUAUAAUCCUCCUCCUCAUUCAGCUCUAUAGUAAUCAGGUAUGCGUUCCCCUAUGCCCUUCCUAUCCUGUUGGGACAUGAGUCUGUUCUCAAUCCACUGUCUUAAGUUGCACUAGUUUAGUAUCAGCACAGCUUUCUGUCCAGACCCUCUCUGCUCCAUCUGGCCUCGCCCCUGCCCCGCCCACCUGUAACCUCCUGACCGCAGACUAACCUCAACGAUCAGACUUAAGCUGUGUUUUAAAACCUCUACCCCUGUGUACAGCUCCUUCUCACUGCAGUUAUAGUGCCAUUGGUGGACCUACCUUUGCUCCGCUGAAGGUGGAAGCCCCACUCUGCUUUUAGACACACGAGUUAUGGGGCCUCAGCUGAUGCAUUAGUCACAUCUCAAAGCUGUGAGACAAACCUCACUCUUAUUCAGGCAGCCAUGUUUGAACAUGGACCACACACUGAGCACUUAGGCCCAGCUGAGCCCCCCUCGUUCCGCCUCUGAAGGCGUUCUUAAUGUAGUCUCAAAACAUUUUAACGCAAGUGAAUAGGAAGUAAACUUGGCCCUCAGAUAAAGUUUAACCCAUUUGUUUGCCCCACUUUGUUGUUUUUAAACAUUUUUUUUCCAAUGGAAACCAAUGUGUCCAGUUUUUUUUUCUGAAUGGCAUUAGUAUUGUAGUAGAUUUAAAGGCUAGCUUUUUGUAAAGUGUGAAUAAAAGAUGUAUCUCAUGUUUCCUUUCUAAAAAUGAUAUUGUGUUUGUUGAUGUGUAAAUCAUGAAAUCUAUGAUGGUGUUAUGUUUGCUAUUUGUUUUUAUUUGAACUCAAUAUUUUCCAUAAACUGUUGUCCCAUCACAAACCAAAUGCUAUGUAGAAAUCAUGUGUAGAUGGUUGUUCCCGGCGAUGCCGUAGGAGGAUCUUCUCUGGUCUAAGCACAGGGAUACUCUUUUGGUCGUAUCUUUCAGCUUUAUUUUUGGAUGUGGCACUGGCAGAGGAGCUGGUGUCUGUAGUGUAGGCAGCAGCGCUGUCUCUGUAGUAGCUGCAGGUGAAUAGACAUCACUGGUGCUGUUGUGUUGACUGGUCCUGUGAUGGUUUUCAGUACCUAGUCCAUCUCACUAGUUCUUGUGCAUCACAGUGAGUUCUCUGUUACACUAGCUAGCUACUAAUGGUCAGAUUUGUUUUGACAUAAUUUCAGGUUGACACCCCCCUCAUUGUUUGUGACUGGCUUUGACAAAAAUCAUUGAUGUCACUCGUAGGCUUCAGUGAUUGGUCACUCAUUUAGCGUUGUACUUUUCCACUCCUUCAUUGUUUCAUAAUUGGCUCAUUAAGCAUACAAUGAUUUCCCAGGCUGCGUCACUUUUAUCAUGGUGUACACCAACCAACAUGUCCAUCUAAUGCUAACCAUAGUCUCCAUCAACUGUAGGGCUGAAAGGAAAGCACUGUCCUUUUCCUUAACUCUCAUCAACUCCUUCAAACUCAUACUGUUGUUCAACUUUGGCUCAUUCCAUCACUUUCCCAAGAACUUGGCAAUAAUUCCCUUAACUGUUAAAAAUCACCAUUCAAAUGGAUUUUAAAUAUUUUACCUGAAAUGUAUGUAGCUCUUUUGUCUUUCAAACUGCUCGCUUUUAAUCUCUGCAUCUUCACUCUUAACUCUCCGGACUAGUUUGGCUGUCACCCCCGUACCUUUUAACACUUUGGUUACAUCCAUCUUGUAUAUUUGCUCAUCUCUUCUCCCCUGCCAGUUUUUAGUGGUAGUUGUUUAAUGAUCAGGAUUGUCUGUAGUCAAGCUGAGUACAUAUAUUGAUCUGUGUCACUGUGUUUUAUGCACUGGACCAACUAUUGUUUACCAUUCAUUAAAUACCAGCAAAAAAGCAAAUAAAGACAAAACACUUGCACAAUGAUGUAGAAUGUCCAUGAACCUGGCGAGAAAAAAGGCAGCUGUUUUCAAAUCAAUACUGUUUGCAAAUGAACUGAAUGGUAAACAAUGCUUUCUGUUGUAUCCUUAGCCGUCCUCUCCACUCCGUUUGGACUAUAGUUUGGUUCUUUGUUUUUCUGUUGACUUCAGGAUCAGCUUGUUUCCUUUACACCUACCUAUGUAUUUUCCUACUUCUGGUUGAAAAUAAAUUCUAUAUUAUCUGUUUCAA